GACAAGAACCAGGAGCUGCAGUGGAAGGAGACGGCCCGUUGGAUCAAAUUUGAGGAGGACGUGGAGGAAGAGACGGACCGCUGGGGAAAGCCGCACGUGGCGUCCCUCUCGUUCCGUAGCCUGCUGGAGCUCCGCCGGACGCUCGCCCACGGUGCCGUCCUUUUGGACCUGGAUCAGAAGACGCUCCCCGGGGUGGCCCACCAAGUCGUGGAGCAGAUGAUCAUCUCUGACCAGAUCCGGGCCGAGGACCGGGCCAACGUGCUGCGGGCGUUGCUGCUUAAGCAUAGCCACCCGUGCGACGAGAAAGACUUCUCCUUCCCUCGUAAUAUCUCGGCCGGCUCGCUCGGCUCGCUUCUGGGUCACCACCACAGCGCCAACCACGUCGGAGAAGGCCCCGAGCCCACCGUCACCGACCCGCUCAUCGGCCCCGUCGGAGAACACGAGACGCGGGUGGACAUGGAGAAGGAGAGCCUGCCGAAGGAAGUGGCCUCGCCUGUCCUGUCCGGCGCCAUCACACGCUCCAAGUCGAAACAUGAGCUGAAGCUGUUGGAGAAGAUCCCGGAUAACGCCGAAGCCACCGUGGUGCUUGUCGGUUGCGUCCAGUUCCUCGACCAGCCGACCAUGGCCUUCGUGCGGUUGAAGGAGGCGGCCCAGUUGGACGCGGUCCUGGAGGUGCCGGUGCCGGUCCGCUUCCUCUUCGUGCUGUUGGGUCCGAGUAGCGCCAACAUGGACUACCAUGAGAUCGGCCGCUCCAUCUCCACCUUGAUGUCUGACAAG